UGUACAGACUGUGUGUCCGCCGCUCUGGCCGCCUGCAAGAUCCUGCGAAAAAUGGCAGAGGAGGGCAGCGAUGCGGACGAGGCCGUGGAAAUGCGAGACCUGGCUGAUCACUUUGAGAUGCACGCCAUCGGUGUGUUCACCCAGUGUUACAGUGGUGGUGAGGAGCGUGCUAAGAGGCUGCUGGUUCGCGUGUCACGAAAUUGGGGGAAGACCACGUGUCUGAGACUAGCGCUGGAGGCUAACUGUAAAAGUUUUGUGGCGUUGUCAGGUGUCCAGGUAGAGCCAACAAGCUUUGUAUAAAACACUUGAAAGUAAAGCUUGAGUAAAAGUACAAUGACAGAAAAAGGUUAUGUUUUAUCUAUUGAAUUCAUUUCAGUGGUUUAGUUAAAGAGCUGUGUAUUGGCUAAUGAGCAAAGUUAGCUCGAACAUGUUGCCAUUAAGUUUACGGUAUGCCUAAAAAAAAGUGCACGAUAACUAAAAGAACAUUGACGUUUUUACUUCACUGGAUUAAUAUCAAUUUACGGAAGCAUGGAAUUGCCAAUGUGGAGUAAACAGUUUUUAACUGGGCUAUUUCGUUUGAACGUAAUGGAAACUCGUUCAAUCGUCUUGGUGAAUUCAUUCGAACGUCUUGGUAAAGUCGUUUGAAUGUACUGCAAAGUUGUUCGAACAUAUUCAUAAUGUUGUUGGAAUGUCUUGGUAAAAUCGUUCCAAUGUAUUGGAAAAACAAAGGCUAAAUUCUAAAAAAAACAUGGCAUUUUCCCCGCAUAAUGCCACGAGGUUGACUUGUGCAUGCA